UCGAUCGUCUCUCUGCUGCCCUUCCUGUAAUUCCUGGUUGGCAGGCAUCCGCAGUCCACCAUCGCGAGAGCUUCAACCGAAGGUCUGCUGCUGUGCUAGACUAACCAACAAAAGUGCAAGAAGUAAGGCCAGCUGUCCUGCUGCCUUCUGGGCAACCGCAGGACAAGCAGAUCCGGCCCAGUCAUUCCCCUCUCUUUGUUGCAGUUCGAAGAAAAGCGUCAUGGUGUAUACCAACACCACAGCAACAGCCAGUGACAUGGAAAGUCAUGCAGAAGUGGCAGCAUCAUCGUUGGAAAAGGCGAAAACGUCAUCUGAUCCCAUCACUGUGCUCCAGCCUUUUGCACAUCAAGUAGGAGGACACACGCAGCUUUUGGUCUUGGAUCACAGCACUCUGUGUAAGCCUCUUAUCCAGAGAGAGCUACAUUUUUAUUUGAAUGUUCCACGAGAAAUGAGAAAUUUCAUUCCAUUAUAUAAAGGUGUUGUUCAGGUGCAACAGAUAGAUAACAGUCCAACUAUUUACCACCCAGUGAGAGGCAGUAACAAGAAUUAUGGAGACUGUGAAGACAAACUUAACAGAACUCAAAGACAUAAAACAUCUCCAGAAUUAAGAGUCCAGAUACAUUCUUGCAGCGACAAAAAGCUUAUUAAAGAAAAGCAUCUUCACCAGCUUUAUAGCAGACCAAAUCCUAAAUAUUUUUUGCUAUUAGAGAAUGUUGCUUCUAAUUUUCACAAGCCUUGUAUUUUGGAUUUGAAGAUGGGGACAAGACAACAUGGUGAUGAUGCACCACCUGACAAACGUAGCCGUCAAAUGGCUAAAUGUGCUGCAAGUACAUCUGCUAGGUUAGGCGUGAGAUUGUGUGGUAUGCAGGUGUAUAAAGCAGAUGUUGAUGGAUAUAUUUGCAAAGACAAGUACUAUGGUCGUAGUUUGGAUGAAAAUGGAAUGAAAAGUGCCCUGUUUCAGUUCUUCUGCAAUGGCUCAUAUUUACGAGUCUCUCUAUUGCGUAAAGUGAUUGGUCGCUUAAUUGAAUUGAAAAAGGCUAUCGAAAAGCAACAUACUUUUCGCUUCUAUUCUAGUUCUCUUCUUAUCUUGUAUGAAGGUUGCCUAAAAGGCAGACAAGAGGAAACUGAGGAUUUUUUCAGUCUUCUGGAAAAUGAAAAUAGCUGUUUUGAAGAUAUGGAAAAAUUCGGUAGUGAAAGUAUGAUGGAUGAUGAAUCUUCUCUUGAAAGCAGCAAUGAUUCUACCUCAGCUUCUGCUUCCUUGUCUUGGUUGUCAUCUCAUAAAAUGUCAAUCGAAAGUAAAAAAUGUAAUGUUGUGCAUGGACCUGAAGUGGAUGUGAGAAUGAUUGAUUUUGCUCAUACCACUUAUGAAGGCUAUGAUGGUGACACUACUGUGCACUCAGGCCCAGAUACUGGUUACAUUUUGGGCCUGGAUAAUAUGAUCCGUCUUCUGAGAGAAGUAGAAGAUCUAAAUAGCUCUGUAGAUAAAAUAUAAGUGUGAUGAAUAUGUUCCUCAAGAUAGUGAAAACUUUAUCACUUUAUAGGGAAAAAAUGAAUAUUUAUAUAAUCAUUUAAUAAUAGAAAGUCUCUGCACUGUUUCAUAUACAUUGUUGAUGCUUGGAAGUAACAGAUUAAAGGAAAAAUCAUUUUGUUGUCUUUACAUUCAAGGUCCAACCUUGUUGAUAGAUUCCACUAAAUAUGCUGUUACUUAUAUCCUGAAAUAUAAAAAUUAUAAUUUUCAAUACUUAAAAGUUUUAAUUCAAACACUUUUGAACAGUGUAUAGAAAAAAACUAUUUGAUUUCAUUGUUAUGAUACUUUUUCAGAUAUGGUACACUCAUUUUGUAAAUAAUGUUCCAAAUUUUCUUAUCUGUUUAAGUAAGCCAUUUCAUUUGUAAAUAGUUUAUGAUCGCGACUGUUUCAUUAUAUUCCUAAGUACAAGGGAUGUCUGUGAUAAUUUGUCGGUGAAAUAUAAUUUAAGUUGCUGUGUUCCAGUGAAUGUAUUAUAUAUGUAUAUUUUAAAUUGUGUUCAUUUUAUUUUGGGGCAGGUUUAUCGAACAAAGCAGUUUCUGUAGUUUAUUUUUGUAAAUGUAUUUUCUUUUCUUAAGCAUUCUGAAAACCAUCUUUCUUUCUUACUUUUUGCUGUCAUAAUUGUUUAUUCAGCUUUUAAGAUAAUACUAUUUAGUUGCUUUCAAAUUUAUGUUUUUUUUUUUUUUUUUUUUCCUGUAAUUUUAUAUUUGAAAUAUUUUUUAAUGCAAAGCAAACCAUUUUCUCAUUGCCUUUAACUCAUACAGCGAUUUAAUAUUCUAAUUUAUAGUUUUGCAGUACGUCUGUUUUGUUCUGAUUCGGAAGUAUAGUAAGUACAGAAGAAAUUCAUGCUUGUAUUUGCUGGCAUAUUAUUGGCGUUGAUCUAGACUAAAUUUCUACUUAUUGUAUUUUCCUAUUUGUGUCGUAUUGUCCACCUAAAUCUGGUUUUAUGCAGAUGAAAGUUACUGUAAUUUUUGUAUAUUUUGUGUAUAAUAUCCGUUCUUCAGCUAUGCUAGUAUUUUUACGAUUUUGUGAGCAUUUUUUAUAAUGUUACAACAUUUAUAUUAAUAUAUUUCUCAGUCAGGGGUUUAAUGUAUCAUUAUCAUAGCAGAUCUUAUUUUAAAUGUUUUGAGAAUGUAAGAAAUUUUUAGUAAAUUCAGAUCUGCUGUAUUUUCUAGAGUUUUAAUUUGAUUGGUUAAAAUUCCAAAUAUAAAACUGCAAAUAGAAUUAAUUUAAUGUAACAUAUGGUUUUGGUUUUAAUGAGACAGCAUUUAAUAUGAUUCACUUUUCUCUAAUAAUUUUGUAAUUAAUCAGAGAGGUGUGUAUAUUAAUUUAUUUGCAGCUGUUUUCAAGUGAAUUUCACAUAUUUUUACUUUACCUGUUUUGAAAAAUAUUUUCUUUCUUUUUGCUCACUUAUGCAAAAAGAAUAAAUGCUGGCUGAAAUACAGAACAAUAAAUAAUUCCAUAGAAAGUGCUUGUUCCAAUUCUUUAAGCUUUAUCAUAUUUUUAAAAAUUCUAAUUUGUAAGCCUAAUUUGUGUUGUUUAGGUGUACAUUAAUAAAAACAGUUUCAUUUUUGUUUUUUAGUUGUACGAUCAUGAGAUUAUUUUAUCUCUGAAAUGAAGGCAAUUAUUUAAAUAUUAUUUUUAAAGCAGAUUGUUUUGAAAUAAAAUUUUCAUAAAUUUUUUAGUUUUACGUGAAUUUAAAGGAUUAUCUGAAAAUCUCUCAAAAAGAAAGAAGUAAUCAUUUAGUAAAAACUACAACUCUAAAAAACUAAAAUGAUUUUAAAUUAUCACUUUUUCUCUUACCUCUUCCCCCCCCCAAUUUAUUUUUUUUUCCCAGUGAAAUAUUUAUCAGAAUCUUAAAUAUAAAUUAAUAACAUAAUUUUUAAUAUAGAUAUAGAUAUAUAUAUAUAUAUAUAUUAAAUUUAACAUAAUAUAUAUUAUCAGUUUCUUUUUCAUAUAUUUUUCUAGUUUACUGUUGUGUUUUCAGAAAAUUAUUAUCUAAGUUUUAAAUUCCUCUAUUUGUGUUCAGUACGUUAUUGAGGACAGUUUUAGACUUACAAAUUUGUUUAUACAUUUUCCUAUUAUUCCAAAAAAAAAUUAUUUAAUAUUUCAUAAGAGCAUUUAAAACAGUACAUUUUAUUACCUGUACAACAUUUCAUAGUUAAUUUAGUAAUGCUUGAUCAAAAUACAAGCUUUAUUUAUUUAACAGUAUAAAGAAGCAAUCUAAAAAAUUAUGAUGGAAUUAAAAUCAUAAUUUUGAAAAUAACUUCCAUGAAAAGUGAUCCCUCAGUUGUACUAGUUAUUCCCCCCCCCAUCUUGAAGUAGUAGAUUAUUGGAUGCAUAUAAAUAUUCUGAGCCUUAAAAUACAAAUAAAUAUCUGUACCUGACUGGAGAGCUCAUGAUGAGGCGUUGCGUUUUAAGCAACCCUUUGUAAAUAGUAUGUUUUCAUAAACUUAAUUAUUAAGUGUGUAUUGCGUGCCAGGGACCACGCUUAGUGUUGUAAUGAAAAAGCUGAUCCUAAUAUCUUAUGUGUAAUUUUAUUGUUGAUAUCACAUUGUGACAAUGUGUUGGAUUUUAAGAUGUAUAAUUUUUACUGCCAUUUCAUUAAAAGUGGUAUGUACAAUGAAAA